AUGCAUUCUUUCUCAUCAUCAAACUCCUCAACUCAGAGUGGGAAACGGCCGCCGUCAUUCCGGUCGGCGCUCCACACGGUACGUAAACCUACCAAGAAGCCCAUCGCUCCGCUUCCACCGGCCCCACCAAGAAUCUACAAGGUGGCACCUGUCGAGUUCAAGGAUGUGGUCCAGAAGCUGACGGGCGGUGGAGUCGAGCUCCAGCCCACCCGGCUGCUGCGGGAGGUGGCGCCGCCCCCUCUCAGCCUCCACCCACAGCAUCGUUCAGAAAAUGAAGAGGAGAAGAGGCAGAAAUCAGUGGACGCUUGUUUUGGGAUUCUGAGCCCGCUCGGGUUUAGCAUAUCGCCGUCAUCGCUGGCGUGGUGUUCGGCUGUGCUUCUCAGUCCAGGAACACUUGCUUCCUUCGACCCAAAUCUACUUCUUUAG